AGCUGGACAGGAUGCGUUCGCAAAUAUAAUCAUCCACAAAUCUCCCCCAGAUUAGGUUACAGGACAGCAUUUCGACGGCACGCAUUACAAAGCUCCCUGGAAGGCUUGGCUGGUGGAUCUGCUGCUCUCUCUCCUCAUGACCCAUUUUGGCUUUCAUCAAGAAUCAUGACACCAGCUGCCUGGGUCAUCUAGGAGGCAGAGAGGGGGAGAGCAACCCUGGGCUGUAAAGGGAAGUGGGGAAGGAAAAGAGAAGGAGGAGAAGGAGAAGGAGGAGGAGGAAGGGGGAGGAUAGGAAGACAGAGCACGGGGAGAGAGAGUAAGUUGUUUUAGUCCAGUUGUGAAGAUUUGAAUCCCAGUUCUGAGCUCUCGGCAAAGGCUUGCUGGGAUACUUCAUUCCCUGUCCUGUGCAAAGGUCUGUGAUUGGGGAUGUGGUGUGCUCAGUGGGCAGGGCCCCUCCCCUGGGCUGGAUCCGCCUCUCUUAUCCCCCAGAUAAAUUACUAGUGUCCUCACUAAAUUCCUCGGCUUUCUCUCUCCCUCUCUCUCUCCCUCUCUCACACAAACUCACUCCCUCCCUCAAACACAGGCAAAGCAGAGUUGGGGGGCGGGAGGGCGGGGAUCCUCUCUGGACUGGUAUUGUGCCUUAGUCCUGGGCGGGGAGGGAAGGGGAGGAAAAUACUGGCACCCCUUCUCUCCUACGCCGCCUUGAAAUAGAUUUGAGGAGCUGCCCUUCUUCCCCCCCUCCCCCCUUUCCUGCUGGUCGUUUGGCAUCUUCCAGACCAUGUCCACUGGGUCCCUCAGUGAUGUGGAAGAUCUGCAGGAGGUGGAGAUGCUGGAGUGCGAUGGCCUGAAAAUGGAUACUAACAAAGAGUUUGGGGCGUCCACCGAGAGCAACGAGGAGGGAUCCAAUGGCGAGAAUGGCUCCCCUCAGAAGGGGAGAGGGGCCUCGGGCAAGAGGAAAAAAGCUCCCCCCAAGAAGAGCCCUUUAAAUGGAGUGAGCCAGGAGGGAAAGCAGGUACAAAGAAAUGCUGCCAACGCCAGGGAGAGGGCAAGGAUGAGGGUCCUUAGCAAAGCCUUCUCCAGGCUUAAGACCACCCUACCCUGGGUGCCCCCAGACACCAAACUUUCCAAACUGGACACCUUGAGGUUGGCCUCCAGCUACAUUGCUCACCUGAGGCAGAUCCUGGCCAAUGACAAGUAUGAGAACGGCUACAUCCACCCAGUCAACUUGACUUGGCCUUUUAUGGUAGCCGGCAAACCCGAGAGUGACCUGAAAGAAGUGGUGAACACAAACCGCUUGUGCGGCCCGACGGCAUCCUGAGCCCUGCGGCCGGGCCAGCAGCGUCCGUCCCGGCGCGGCCGUG